CGCACGUGCAGCUCUGUCCGAUACUUCUGACCGAGGGUGUCCGUUUGUCUGCAUUCAGUUCUAAACGGCACUGGUUUUGGUCCAUUAUAACUCUCUGUGUAUAUAUCUGUUUGUUUUGUUUUUGUUUUUUUAAGUAAUAUGUAUGCAUUUUGGAUUUGAAUUUACAGAGACUGUAUCAUGGCCACACUGAGAACACUGCGGAAACUGUUCCAGGAUACUCACCAUCAAGCAUGUACUAUUCAUUUAUCGGCCUCGAGACAAGAAGCUGUGGUCAUCUCCGGCAGGAAGAUGGCCCGUCAGAUUCGUGACGAGACCCGUGCAGAUGUGGAGGAGUGGGUUUCCGCUGGCAACAAACGACCUCACCUCAGUGUGGUGCUGGUAGGUGACAACCCAGCCAGCCACUCCUACGUGCUCAAUAAGACCCGUGCUGCUGCUGAUGUUGGCAUCAGUAGCGAGACUAUACUGAAACCCACCUCUAUCACUGAGGAAGAGCUGCUGGAGAUAAUUGACAAACUCAAUUCUGACCAUAGAGUAGACGGCCUUCUGGUGCAACUUCCAUUGCCUGAACACAUAGAUGAGCGCCGUAUAUGUAAUGCAGUCAGCCCAGAUAAAGAUGUUGAUGGUUUCCAUGUGGUGAAUAUUGGUCGUAUGUGCUUGGACCAGUCCACCAUGUUACCUGCCACACCAUGGGGAGUGUGGGAGAUCAUUAAGCGAACAGGUAUUCCAACUUUUGGUAAGAAUGUUGUGGUAGCUGGUCGAUCUAAAAAUGUGGGUCUGCCCAUUGCAAUGCUCCUACACACAGAUGGAAGACAUGAAAGGCCAGGAGGUGAUGCUACCGUAACAAUCUCCCACCGUUACACUCCCAGGGAACAACUGUGCAAACACACACAAAUUGCUGACAUCAUUGUGGCAGCUGCAGGUAUUCCCAACCUCAUCACUGCAGAUAUGAUAAAGGAGGGUGCAGCCGUUAUUGAUGUGGGCAUCAACAGAAUACAGGACCCCCUGACUGGAAAAAAUAGACUUGUUGGAGAUGUGGACUUUGAAGGUGUACGAAAGAAGGCCAGCUAUAUCACUCCAGUUCCAGGAGGAGUUGGUCCAAUGACUGUUGCCAUGUUAAUGAAAAAUACUAUCAAGGCGGCAAAACACCUCCUUUUGACCCCUACAGUGCGGAUGCGUAUGGUAGCAUCCUCCUAACCCGUGUUUGAUAUUCCACACCUACUUUGGGAGGCGCUCCCAUGUGGCAAUGCGAUAGCUUAAGUCCUAUUUUUGGAUGCCACACUCCUGUUGAACUCAUAACCCAACCUAGGUCAAAUCAGUUCUGUGAAGUGAAUGAGCUGGAAGUACUAAAAGGUUUAGUAAAUUGAACUUUAUAUCUGCAUUCACAUGGGCUUUUUGUGUGUCCAAAUAACGUGCCUCGACUGUACUUCCUACUGAAGUUUCACAAGUGUUGGUACAGUUUAGUUUUACAGUUGGUUAUUUAUGCUUUGUUAAGAAUUAUUUGCUUCGUCUGUUCAAAUGUAAGCUUAUUGUUUCAGUACUUUCAGUGCUAUAUGCUUUAAUCUUUCAUUGUGAAAAGAGAGAAUCACAUCAUUAUUGGGAUUUACACUGUCCUAUGUAUGAAUGAUUUUCUCAUUAAUAGUUCUUGGCUCACCGUUGUCAAUAAAUUUGUGCAACUUGGGCACCAUGACCAGGUCAAAUACAGUGUUGUGUUCUGAAUAACCCUGGAAGAACUGAUGUCACACUUUUUACAUGAAGGUCCUCUCUUUAUUCAUUGUGGACAUAAUAGAGGGCUUUCACCAUUGAGGCUGACCUAUGGAGGUGUUUGUAAAGCAACUGUUCCAUUCACAGCAUUUAGCUGACACUUUUAUCCAAGCAACUUACAAUUCUGAGUGAACACAACUUGAGGGUUAAGCUCCUUACUCAGGAGCCCAACCGUGGCAACCUGGCAGUGGUGAGGCUUGAACUGGAAACCUUCUGAUUACUAGUCAAAUACCUUAACCACUGAGCUCACCAUUGUUUUUCAAAUGUACAUGAAGGAAGGGUGAUCCUGGAGAAGUGGUUGAGAGUAGAAAGGCAUAGAAUUUCCCUGUGAAUAAGAGUGGAGAUAACUAAUAAUGCACAGGCAAGGUGGGUCAAAUUCUGUGAAAUUAAAAAAGCUUUAAGUUUGCAGGGUUGUAAAUGUGGGGUUUUGUUUGUUUGUUUUGUUUUUUUACAUAUAGUUCAAGUAAAAAAACACUUCAAUGAAAA